AUGGGAAAGUCUCAGGAGCGGGUGGAGUACUUAGAGAAUACAGAGAAUGUGGUGGCUGUUUUCUGCCAUAACUUCGAUUGUGUGAUGAAAGUUGAGUAUUCUGAAGCCUUGCCUGCGCCUUCUGCAAUUCAAAUAGAUAUCGAUUUAGGCCUAUGGCGAGUGGUACUGGAAGGAGAUUCAAAGACUGCGACUGACUUGAUACACCACAACAGGAGGGUUUAUCAGAUAUUGGCAAUUUUGUGGACCAGGACGACUCAUGUGAAUUGUUCGGUGUCCGGGAUCAGCAGGGCUGGCAAUACUGCAGCUCAUACGCUANCAAAUGAGCAUAAUAAAACUACUUCCUUUUCAAGUUUCCAGACGAAAUCACAGCACAGUUACCAGCUGAUACCCAGGAAGUACAAUCAGAGAGAUUCCUACUGGAAGUUAUGUUACUCAUUGGUGUACUCCGGACCUGGUGUGUUCAAGAUAAAUUUCGAUGGUGUUUUCUCUUCUAUGGGAAAGUCUCAGGAGCGGGUGGAGUACUUAGAGAAUACAGAGAAUGUGGUGGCUGUUUUCUGCCAUAACUUCGAUUGUGUGAUGAAAGUUGAGUAUUCUGAAGCCUUGCCUGCGCCUUCUGCAAUUCAAAUAGAUAUCGAUUUAGGCCUAUGGCGAGUGGUACUGGAAGGAGAUUCAAAGACUGCGACUGACUUGAUACACCACAACAGGAGGGUUUAUCAGAUAUUGGCAAUUUUGUGGACCAGGACGACUCAUGUGAAUUGUUCGGUGUCCGGGAUCAGCAGGGCUGGCAAUACUGCAGCUCAUACGCUAGCUAAUUAUGCAAAGAAUUAUAAUCAAAGUUGUAUGGGUGGAGGUGGGGUGGGGGGGGAGUUACAGUGUUUGUAUUAA